UGGGAAAAACCAGAGCCGUUGCUGUGUGAUGAUGAUGAGUGCGACACACAGUUGACCCGCCGGUCACGGUACAGACUGGUUAUAUCACCUCUUCGUUUCAAUCCAAGAGUCACGACAGCUGGGAUCGAAACCUAAAGGCUCCUCGCUAUAAAGCUGCCAUUUCCUGUGGUAACGGGCACAUUAGAUACGAGAGAAGUGUCUAGAAUCAGCAGGUCACUGUCCGGUAAACACCGGGAGACGCGUCGACAUGAGGAGUUUACCGUAUUUCUGCCGGGGACAGGUGGUCCGCGGAUUCGGCCGGGGAAGCAAAGACCUUGGCAUCCCAACAGCGAACUUCCCAGAGUCGGUUGUGGACAAUCUCCCCGCUGACAUUAGCACAGGAAUCUAUUUUGGAUGGGCACGCGUGGAUAAUGGAGACAUUCACAAGAUGGUGAUGAGCAUCGGCUGGAACCCUUACUACAAAAACACGAAGAAGUCCAUAGAAACGCAUGUGAUCCACACUUUUAAGGAAGAUUUCUACGGUCAGAUAUUGAGCGUGGCCAUGGUUGGCUACAUUCGCCCGGAGAGAGGAUUCAAAUCACUUGACGAGCUGAUAGCAGCGAUUCAUAGUGACAUUGAGGAGGCCAAGAUGAAGCUGGACCUGCCUGAGCACUUGAAACUGAAAGAGCAUAAUUUCUUCAAGACGUCAGUAUCGACAACAGCCAAUCAGAUCUUGAACGGUCAUCGACUGUAACUGUCACUUUCACCAUCUCCUAUUUAAAGCCUGUUUAUUAACAUAUGCAGUUUGUUGUUUUCUUUGUUAAAAGGAUUUCUGUCCCCAUGUGGUGCUUUGGUCAGGUGCAGGCAUUAUAUGUAUUUGUUCAUACGGUAUCAUCGCGUAGCCCUGUUGUUUCGAUAUUUAUUGCAAAAAGGAGGAUUCAGGUUACUUGCUGGUGAAUGAUCACUGCGAUGACAGAGCCCUUCCCAGAAUCCAUGAUUGCCACAGAUGAUACUGUGGGAAAGUCAGGGAGUGUCAAAAUAGAAAUAAAAUAUUUAGAUGAAGAGUUCUUCCUCAACCUUCACUUUAAUUUCAUUUUUGUUUAAACAAGUCAAAUUGGCGUUCCUCCUCUUUGAAAUAAAAUGAAUGCUUUUUAUGGUUCUCAGAGAACCGUGCCCAGAGGUGGAAGUCCAAGGCUGAGAUAAAGAGAGUUAAAGUAAAGCCUAGGUUUUGUAAUAUGAGUGCAAAACUGGGCAGGCGGAGAACAAACAGUGACUGAAGAUAAAAUUAAUUAAUUUAAAUGGUCUUUUAAAUAUUUAAAUUUGUACAGAAGCUCUGCAUAGCAAACACUUGCUAAUGUGUACAUAUGUAUUACUAAAUCUUAACCUAAAAUAAAA